AUGCGAGGAAGAUUGCGACUCAUCGUGGGAUCCGGAGAAGUGCAAGGAGAGAAGUGCACUUUGGAGUCGUGCUUGGACGACUUCCCACGCUACACCCCAGAGUUCAUGAUUCCAUACUCCACGGAGCAGAAGCAGGAUGCGGGCUGCUGGGGGCGGCUGAAAAGCAACGGGAUGCGUGGCACUACCGUCUUGCGCACCAUCGCGGAGUACGAGUCUCUGGCGAAGUGUUGCUAUCGUCAGAACGUUCAGGACGGGCCCAAGGAGUUCAGAUGGAGCAGCGGGAACGAGCUCGUGAAGUCAUGGCGCCCCGACAAAUGGCUCAGAGGCAGGAGGGCAUGCGAUGCCCAAAAUGGCUGGCACUCUGCCAACCAUCUCGGCUUAGACGGCAGCACACAGAGCAAGUGCGAGAGCCUCCAGUAG